AUGCAGUCGAUAAUUUUUACGAUCCUGUGGAGUGCUUUCAAGUCCCAGAUCUGGAUCUCCAACCACACCGAGUCUGACAAUCGAACGCCGGUGAAGAUAUUUCAACAGCAGAAGUGCGCCGUGUGCAGUCAAGCCCUCGACCCGCCGUCAGUCCACUUCCUCUGUGACCACUCGUACCACAAGUCGUGCUUCGAUACGUACUCCUCGGAGGACCAACUGUGUCCGGAGUGUGCUCCACUUAUCAGGCGUGACCUCGUCGACGCACAUGAUACUUCUCUAGCUGGCGCUUGGUUUUUUUGCGAUUCCUGCCUUCUUUUGAUUGCCAAUUCCUGA